AGUCACGUGACCCACCUGGUCACAUGGCUUGCGGGACAACAUGGCUGCGCCCUCACUAGGGCUGGCUGGUGGAUCCUGCGCCAGGCUCGGUCUCGUCCUCUUGCUGCCACUGUUCUUGCUGCCGGGCGAGGCGGCUGGGGGCGAAGAGGCCAGGACUGGCGCGGGCGCGGGCGCGGCUUCCCUGGCGGGCUCAUGCGGCUGUGGCACUCCCCAGCGGCGCGGGGACCAUGGCAGCUCGGCGGCCGCGCACCGAUACUCGCGGGAAGCGAACGCCCCCGGGCAGGUCCCGGGAGAGCGGCCGCUCGCGCCCACCAAGAUGGUCCUCAUCCCCGCCGGAGUGUUUACAAUGGGCACAGAUGAUCCUCAGAUAAAGCAAGAUGGGGAAGCACCUGCAAGGAGAGUUGCUAUUGAUGCCUUUUACAUGGAUGCCUAUGAAGUCAGUAAUGCUGAAUUUGAGAAGUUUGUGAACUCAACUGGCUAUUUGACAGAGGCUGAGAAGUUUGGUGACUCCUUUGUCUUUGAAGGCAUGUUGAGUGAGCAAGUGAAGACUGAUAUCCAGCAGGCAGUUGCAGCUGCUCCCUGGUGGUUACCUGUUAAAGGCGCUAACUGGAGACACCCAGAAGGACCAGACUCUACUGUUCGACACAGGCCUGAUCAUCCAGUUCUGCACGUCUCCUGGAACGAUGCCGUGGCCUACUGUACGUGGGCGGGAAAGCGGCUGCCCACGGAAGCUGAGUGGGAAUACAGCUGUCGAGGAGGCCUGCAAAACAGACUUUUCCCUUGGGGCAACAAACUGCAGCCGAAAGGCCAACAUUAUGCCAACAUUUGGCAGGGCGAGUUUCCUGUGACCAACACUGGGGAGGACGGCUUCCGAGGGACUGCGCCUGUCGACGCCUUUCCUCCCAAUGGUUAUGGCUUAUACAAUAUAGUGGGGAACGCAUGGGAAUGGACUUCAGACUGGUGGACCGUUCACCAUUCUGUUGAAAAAACACUUAACCCAAAAGGCCCCCCUUCUGGGAAAGACCGGGUGAAGAAAGGUGGAUCCUACAUGUGCCAUAAGUCCUACUGCUAUCGGUACCGCUGUGCCGCUCGAAGCCAGAACACACCCGACAGCUCUGCUUCCAACCUGGGCUUCCGCUGUGCGGCCAACCGUCAGCCCACCACGGGCUAAGAGCCAAGAAGAACCUUCCUACGCCCAGAAGUCGCAUCUGCCCCGCCCUUGGCUUUCCUCAGAACGCUGAACAACCAACCUCGAGUGAAGAAUCCCCACUCCGAGCUGGGUUACAUACCUGCCCAGGGGCCAAAGGAGCUGCCUCGUGGGACCAGACUGCUGACCUGUGUCAGUGUGCGUGCUUUAUGGUGUGGCGCACUUCUGGAGAUCAUCGCUGUGCUUGAGUUUGGAGAGUCUCUCAAAGAGGAAGGGGGUGAAGGAGACCCUGGGCGAAACUUCAGAAGGCAUGGGUUCUUCCCAGGCUCUGCCACCAGGGCUAGACCUCAGGGUCCCACACAUGACCUUCUGGAGCCUCCAUGACCUCCUCUAUCCAGUGGGGGGGAUGCACAGCAUGAUCUCUGAGGCCUUCUCCAACAAAUUCUAUGCGUAUAUUAGAUUCUAUUGUGAUUUCAUAGUAAGAGUUUAUGACAGAUUAUUUUUUAGCUAUUUUUUUCCAUGUGUGAACCUUGGGUAAUACUAAUCAUGUAAAAUAAGAGUUCUCUUAUGUAUUAUUUUGAGAAAAGGAUGGGGUGGUGGAAAAGGUGGUGGUGAUGAGUCUUUAUAUUCAUACUGCACUUUGUGUUUUCAAGGAAAUCAGUGUCUUUUACAUGGUUAGGAUGAAUCCCACGUGGGCCCCUGGUGGUGCACUCAAGUUCAGUCUGAACAUGCAGGAAUGUCUGUGGGGUGACUCUACUGUGCUUUAUCUUUUAACAUUAAGUGCCUUUGGUUCAGGGGGGCGGUUAUAAGCCCUAUAUCCCCCCCUCUCCCCAAAGCCUUCGGUGAAUGUGAAAUGUAUGCUACACGAAGAAACGUUUAAUUCUAGAUGGAGGAGAAGAGGAAAGAGAACCUUGAAUUAACUCUAUUCAGGGUAUCCAGUAUUUUAUAAUAGGGAAGUAGGACAUCUUGUUGGCUGUGGAAUAUCAGAUGCUCUGAAUCCUGCACUAUGUCGAAUAAACUGGUAUCUGCUAAAGGA